AUGUAUCCAGAGAUCAAUGGUAUGCUUUCUCCUCCUACAGCAGCACCUACAUACCAUCGGGGCAAUCUCCAUACCACUGUGGACUACGUCUUUUGCACCCAUCACCUCCACUCCAUGAUUUCUAAUGCUCAGCAAUGGCACAUGUCACGUGCUUGGACUGACCAUGAGAUGCUGACAGUGGAUUUUCGAAUACACAGCAUGGACACCGGCCCUGGCUGUUGGCGUUUUAACCCACUGCUGUUGGGCCAACCUCCAUUUGAUCUAUUGUUACAGGAUACAGUGAAGGAGUACUUUACACACUUGGAUGAUGAGCUCAUUGAAAUGGAUCCACAAGCAUGCUGGGACAACCUCAAAGCGGUUUUAAAGGAAACAGCUAUUGAUUAUAGCUUCCGCCACCGCCAUACCACCAAACAACACUUUCGUACUUUACAACGUCGUCGACAUGUUAUCAUACAACAACAUGGUACUCGAGACCCACGACUGCCACCUCUUGAAAAAGAAAUUGCCAACAUUCAAGAACGUGUUACGAAACAAUUGUUGUUACGAACAGCAACCCGAUGGCACGAGGAAGGGGAACGAAACAACAAGUACUUUUUCAAAGUGUUGAAACAACGACAGGCCGCCACCACCAUCCACCAUCUCCGUGACCCACACACUGGUGAACUUUUCACCACCAUGGGUGGGAUAAUGCAACAUGCUCGUCACUAUUACAAGGAUCUUUAUACCCCUACCGAGAUUGACCAGGCCGCUGUUGAUAAGAUGUUAUCUUCUAUUCCUUCUUCAGUGCAAGUGACAGAAACACAAGGAGACAAUCUCAUGCGACCAUUUUCUUGGGACGAGCUUGUUCGAGUCAUUGAACACGCACCUUUGGGUAAAAGCCCUGGGAUGGAUGGUUUACCUUUUGAAUUACUCAAACACAUGCAAACGUGGGAACCGGUGAUCCAGCUGCUACUCUUAGUGAUGAAUCAAGCACUUCUUCACAACUUGUAUCCUCGUUCGUGGUUGUCAACUCGCAUGGUUUUGUUGUUUAAGAAAGGAGACCCACGUCUUUUGGCCAACUGGCGCCCAUUGUCAUUGAUUAAUUCGGAUGCGAAACUAUUUACCAAAUUGUUGGCGAACCGGUUACAACCCAUCAUGCAUCGCUUAAUCAACCCUUUUCAGACUGGCUUUUUGGCCAAACGACUUAUCUCAGACAAUGGUUGGGUGGUACAAAACCUCAUGCAUCAUGUUCGGCGUUUCUCUCCAUCAUCUCCAUCAGUGGGUGUGUUACUUGACCAAGAAAAAGCUUAUGACAGAGUACAUUCGGAUUAUCUUCGGCAGGUAAUGACAAGGUUUGGAUUCCCUACUCAAUUCAUUGAUUCCCUCCUCCACCUCUUCUUCUCCACCUCUAUCUCCCUAUCCAUUAAUGGAUGGCUAUCUUCUCCCGUGUCUCAACUUCGUGGAUUACGUCAAGGUGAUCCUAUCUCUCCCCUUCUAUUUAACCUUGCCUUUGAACCCCUUAUCCGCACCCUUAUGUCCGACCCCUUAUUAUUAGGAUCACCUUUGACUAAUCCAAGCAUGACCAAAUGGAAUCACCGUAUCCAUUUUCGUACUAACUUGUAUACACCACACAUUCCACCAAUCAAAGUAUUGGCGUAUGCUGAUGACUUGUUGGUAUUCCUUCGUACACCCACCGAAUGGCAAUAUCUAUUACAACAUCUUACGACAUACAAAUUGGCGUCCAAUGGCAAAGUUAACCUCAACAAGACCGUGGUUUUCCCACUUUCAGGUGAACCUAAUCCCUCAUGGCAACACAUGUUACACACGAUUAAUGCCCAAUGGCAUGAUCGUACUUCUCCAACGGCUUUGACAUACCUGGGAUACCCCCUCUAUCACCAUGAUCAACAUUUGGAUAGCUUUUUGAGCAGCCUUUACACCAAGCUUGAGACUCACGUACACCUACUACAACAACAAGUGUCAAACACUGAUUCGUAA